GUGAAGACUUUGACCACAAAUUCCUCUUCGCAGUUCCGACUACGGUAGUAAGAACUGAGACCUUCCCUUCCAAUAAUCCUCUUUCAGGGUAACGAAAAUGGGACGAUCUCGAUUAGAUGCGCUCAUCACCGUGUUCGUUACGGUGCACCCGCACGAGACGUCGGCUCUGCUUCACUCCUUCUUCUGCUUCUUCUUUAUUUUGAGCGCCUAUUUUGUAGUUCUUCCGUUGCGGGAUGAGGGGGCCAUCUCUCUGGGGCUAUCGAAUUUGCCUGGUCUAUUUGUGGGGUCUUUACUGCUCACUCUGACAGCGGCACCUGUUUCAACCCUCAUAUUUUCCCUACCCAAUCUUUCCAGAAACAAGGCUUUGGUUAUGAUACACAGGUUUUUUGGUGUAUCACUUGUACUGUUUUUUUUCCUAUGGCGAUCCUCAUCAGCUGGAUCUUCAGCAUCCAAAUUGAUGGAGUCCACAACUUUGACUUCAUCCUCAAAGCCUGAAGAGAAGGUUGAUGACCAAGGCACCCUUUCAUCUUCAAUAGGCUGGGGAAACCAUGGAUGGUUCUAUAUUACUGUUCGAAUAGGAUUGUUCCUUUGGGUUGCAUUGCUUAAUCUAAUUACAAUUUCUUCAACAUGGGCUAGGGUAAUUGAUGUGAUGGACAGUGAGUCAGGUUCAAGAUUAUUUGGGUUUAUUGGUGCUGGUGCCACACUUGGCCAACUUUUUGGGUCAUUGUUUGCUACAGGAAUGGCUUGGUUGGGCCCAUUUCUGCUUUUGUUUGCUGCUUUGUUAAUGGAAUUUGCGGCACAGUCAUCGAAAGGGAUAAAUCUGCACAUGUUCCAUCUCCAGGAAGAAGUAACUCCCAUCAGAGAAGCUGAUCCUGACCAGAAAAAUGAGGCUCAUGAGAAGAGUGAACAUGCAACCAGAAGUUCCCCUAAGUCAUCUACUUCUGUAGUGAAGCUACAAAUUUGGGCCCUCUUGGAUGGCCUCUGGCUUAUACUGUCAUCAACUUAUCUGUUGCAUGUGUCUUUAUUCCUCUGGCUGAGUGCAGUUAUCUCUUCAUUUUUCUAUUUUCAGAAAGUGACAGUGAUUGCUGCAACAGUUACCACCUCUAUUGGGAGAAGAAGAUUGUUUGCCCAAAUAAAUAGCUUUAUUGCUGUUUUUAUCCUUGUUGGACAAUUAACAUUAACGGGACGCAUUCUAACUGUUGCUGGGGUGACUAUAGCUAUUUGUUCUGCUCCUUCUGUCGGUUUUUUAAACCUGGUUGCUCUAGUUGUCUGGCCAACUUGGGUAAUUGUUGCUAUUUGUGAGACACUUAGAAAGGUUGUUUCAUAUGUUGUGACGAGGCCUGCUAGAGAACUUCUAUUUACUGUAGUUUCACAGGAUGAGAAAUACAAAGCAAAAGUAUGCAUAGAUGUGGUUGUUCAAAGACUUGGAGAUGCUGCAGCAGCUGGAAUAUACAAGCUGAUUCUUGGAACUGUUGAAGGGAAAACAUCGGCCAUUUCCCUUUAUGCCCUGCCUUUGUGUUCAUUGUGGAUAGUCACAGCAUUUUAUCUGGGUCGUCGGCAAGAACAGCUUGCAAAGCCCCAGAUUUCCUCCACUUCAUAGAAUUCUUGAGAUGUAUAAAAUGUGAAAGUUGACUAUGGCUGCAAAAGGAAGUGCUUGGUAUCCCUGCAAGUAUCUCGCCCUCCAUGUGAUUAAGAUUGGCUUUUUCAUGUACGCACUUUUGAGUUUUUGCCUUUUCAAUUGAGAAGGAUCUCCACCAGGAAACCAGGGCAGAUUUUGGGUUAGAUUGAGUGUACCGUAAAUAUAAUUAUUGAUUUAACAUCCUUUCCAAGGCGGAUAUAUUUUCGAAUGUCCUAUUAAUUAAUAAAAGCACUUCAGCUUCAAGGCAUCUCACUGCAGGCCAGGUGUUGGUAUCCGAAGGAGUCCAGAAGUAUGAGGAGUAAUGGACAAAAGAAAUCUAAUAUAUUUCCGAUUUUUUAUUCAUACGUCAAAAAUUGAUAUUGGCUUCGGAACUUGAUCAAAGAAUCUCCCUGCUAUUCUGUCAUUGACUCUUGACAUAUAGAGAAGCCUGUAGCUUGUCAAUCAUGUACAAUUUUAACUGAUUAAUGAUUAGCGAAGAUCCUACAA